CCUGGCUAAAGUACGCAUGACAGCGCCAUAAUAAACAUUCAUUUUAUCUUAUUUCUUAUUAUCCUCUCUCAAAGAAAGUUGUUGUGACUUGACAUUUUACCAAAGUAAAAGAAUUAAUCGGAGGUGAAGUUUUGCCGAUAAAAGUGAAUGUAAUGCAAACGAUUACGGAUCUGUGUGACCAGGGAAAGCAAAUUGUCAGUCCGUUCUUUAAAGGAGCGCUGGAUACACUGAGUACAAUGACUGGAAUCGGUGGGAAGAGUAGUGCACCAGUUUCGACUGAAGUGGUCAAAAAGGCACAAGAGAUGUCGCUCGCGAAAAGUAACAUCUUCAAGAAUCUAUUCGCAUUCGAUCGACAGCUUAUACGACUUGCUGGAAUAUCGGGAGCCAUAGCUGUUGGUCUUGGAGCCUAUGGUGCUCAUGUGGUAAUGAUGAACGACAACAUUCCCGAAGUGCAAAAAAAUUCGUUCAGAACGGCCAGCAUGUAUCACUUUUUCGGUACAUUUGGACUAGUUGCCUCAUCAAUGACGAAAUAUCCCGCCGUGUCUGGAACACUAAUGGCAAUUGGGACGACCAUCUUUUGUGGGGCGUGCUAUUACUACGGUUUAACAGGAGAUCCAUCUGCACGAAAAGUCGCUCCAUUCGGUGGAACUGCACUAAUCGCAGCUUGGAUAUCUUUCGUUUUAUAAAUGUGUGUUAUUGGUGUAAAAUAAAUAAAUUAUUGU